CUAAUAUGGCUCGUGCUAGAUUUCAGAGCGGUAGGACCCAGUCAGGCAUCCUGGGACUGCACAGGGGCGUGUGUGCGAGAGCGUAACUGUCUGCAAGAGGGAAAAGAGAAGGGAGAGAGAUGUUGACGCAGGUUUUCACUUCUGUCUGAGUGCGUCACUCUUCCGUGCAGUCAUGUAAGUAAACGCUGAACACGCUCUCACUGCAGAGAGAAACAUAUGGAUUGGAGCUCUCACAGGUCUGCUCGUCGGCUGCACUGAAAUGGAAACAUGUGGGUACUGAGUAUCGUGCUCUCUCUUGCGUCUGCCGCUGCUUGGACCUGCUUAUAGUACCAGCCUCAGCUUUCCUGCCUGCUUGCUGCCCACAUCAGUGAAAGGACUGUCCGCCCAACCCCACAAUCCCUGUGACCCCGAACGACCCCUACACAAACACACAGAGCUGAAGUGGGCACUAUUGAAUCAGCCAAUCAGAUUCAAGGAUUUUUGCUUUGGGAUCCAUUACUGCAGUUCUCUUUUUCCUAGCAGCAACAUUGUUUUGUCCUUUUUGCUUUGGCCUGGUGUGCAUCCACAAGGAAAGAGGAGCUUAAUGAUCUAAGAAGGAGAGGAACAUUCUUAAAAGGACAAACACAAGCACACCCAAAGCACUUUGGGAUAUUAAGGAAUUGAAGUUUGCUUGCCGCUAAAGCGUGUUGAGAUGGCGAUGAACAUGGCUUACAUGCGGGACACGAAAUGGCUGACGCUGGAGGUGUGUCGGGAGUUUCAGCGUGGAACGUGCACUCGCUCUGAUGCUGAGUGCAAGUUUGCACAUCCCGCCAAGAGCUGCCAGGUGGAGAACGGGAGAGUCAUCGCGUGCUUUGACUCACUGAAGGGUCGUUGUUCCAGAGAGAACUGUAAGUACCUGCACCCUCCUCCUCACCUGAAGACGCAGCUGGAGAUUAAUGGCCGUAACAAUCUGAUCCAGCAGAAGAACAUGGCAAUGCUCGCCCAGCAGAUGCAGCUAGCCAAUGCCAUCAUGCCAGGAAGUCAGCUUCAGCCAAUGCCUAUGUUUUCGGUCACGCCAAGCCUUGCAACCAACGCCAGUGCAGCUGCUGCAGCAGCCGCCGCAGCUGCGUUUAAUCCAUACCUGGGCCCAGUGUCUCCUGGACUGAUGCCCGCAGAGAUCCUGCCCAGCGCACCUGUGCUGAUGGCGGGCAGCCCUGCUGUGGGAUCCGUGCCGUCCGCUGCUGCUGCUUCAGCUGCGGCCGCCCAGAAACUCCUCAGAACAGACCGUCUGGAGGUGUGUCGUGAAUACCAGCGUGGCAACUGCUCUCGUGGAGAGACGGACUGCAGGUUUGCCCACCCUGCCGACAGCACAAUGAUCGACCCCAGUGAUAACACCGUGACGGUGUGUAUGGAUUACAUAAAGGGCCGCUGCUCCAGAGACAAGUAUCUAUUGAAUCUCAGUACAGAGUUUUCUAAAACAGAAUGGACUGUAUUUCUGCAUGCCUUAGUCCUGAUAUCCCCCUGUAUACUGCAUUCCAAUGAUUUGUUUUUAUUUGUUUUUUUUCUCACCUACCCAAAAUGCACUGCUGCCCCCAUGAUGCACCUCUGCUUGCUGUUUAUGUUAAUGCGCUUGAACCCCAUUGGCCCAUUGCCAUCAUGUGCUCGCUGCCUGCUAAUUAAGACUCAGUCGGCUGUCAAAUCACUGAAGCGACCCCUCGAAGCCACCUUUGACCUGGGAAUUCCUCACAGUGUCAUGCCACCUUUACCAAAGCGACCUGCGCUUGAGAAAGCCAACGGUGCCACGAGCAUGUUCAGUACUGGCAUGCUCCAGUACCAGCAGGCUUUGGCCAACAUGCAGUUUCAGCAGCAAGCUGCCUUUAUUCCAUCAGUUCCCAUGAUGCACGGCGCUUCCCCGGCCACAGCAACCACAUCUGCCACAAGUGUUCCCUUUGCAUCUGCAUCAGCCAAUCAGGACUCUUCUCUAUCAAAGCUGACUACCAACGAAUACAUGCAAUUGAUUCCAAUAAUAUCUGCAGAGCAUCUGACUAGUCACAAGUACUUGACGCAGAUGUAGUUCCAGUCCACAACAAUCAAAGGAAUGUGCUGUUGCCCCGGACAAAAGGCAAACAAACUAAAUUCUAAAUUUUAACAUCAAGAUCACCGCCUGAUAGAAUAUAAUAUGAAGCUUAGAAUUUGGUCAUAUAUGAUGGUAGGGUUUUACUGGGGUGAAACUGAAUGUCCUUCCACAUAAUGUGUAGAAUUUGAGUGAACUACAUCAUUAUGUCAGACAGGACCACAUUUUUACUCUCAAGCCGGAUUAGUAGGAAAAGUUAUUUUCAUGUCUGACUCAACACCGAUUUGACAUGUUAGUAGACCGAGAGAUAUUUUUUGUGAUUCACACCUUGAUUUUCUUUCCUCGAAAUUUGUCUGAAGGUUUACAAAGUUACAAAAGGUGCACUUUGAAUUGAAAAGCGAAUCGAACGUCAAUAUAUGGCACAAAUAAUCCAGCAAAAUAAUUCAAUGUAUGUAGUUUUCUCUAUCUUUAGUUCAAACUAGAUUGUAAGCGCAGAGUCGAGAAUGACGUAUGAAUGUUUUGGGUAGAAACCGAUCACCUGAGACCUUUCAGAAGCACAUUCUUACAAGCUUUAUGUACCAUAACCACCGGCUGAAUACCAGACACCGACCUAGAGUGUUAUAUCAACUGUUAUUAUGUUUACCAGAGAUUAACGUUUUUUACAGCGCUUGUUUUUAUACAUAAUUUCACAAGUGUGUGGGUUUUUUAUGAAACGUGCCAUUUUUAUUUGUCGAUCAUCCAUUAGGCCUUGUAGAACUAUGAAGCCUUUUUGACUCCUAUGAGAACAGGGUCGCCUUGUUCCUAAUGCCCUGUUUCUUUGUAUUGCCUUGAACGAGAGAAUGUCGCGUUUGAAGGUAAUCGAGAGUCACGUUAGAGAACGUCAAGGUAGCGUAGAUUCGACAGUCACAUGUGGAAACAGAGCGACUGCGUUCCAGUCUUUGCCGCAACGGUGUGAGGACUCUAAAAUUCAUGCUGGAAAAGCACUGCUUGAGUAUUUCGUGACAGAUUGUGAGUUCGAGACUAGGUACACGGAAAGAUGAGGUUAGUGUUGGGUCAGGGUUUGUCUUCAGUUCUCAUCUGUGUUGAUUUUGAGUUGUUUUCGAAUAGUAUGCGACCGCUGGAUGACGUAAAAGAGGAACGGAGAAUAUCAUGAGAUGUUUUUAACAUUAAGUUGUGCCAAAGUCUUUUUUCCUCUUUUUAUUUUUUAUUUAAAUGUGUUUUGACUGGGUAUACUGAUCACGGAAGGUGAAUAAUUUGUGUAGCUUCGUUUUACGUACAAGGCUGCUUGUAAACCAGGAAACGGAUGUUCACAUCAAGGUACCCAAGUUACUGGGGAGGGUUUUAGCGUCACAACCAGACUCAAGAUGAAAUGAAUCCGAGUUCACUUGAGUCUGGAUUUCAGCCUGGUUUAGGUGCACAGACUUGAAAGGAUGCACGCCAUUGCCAUUUCCUCACUUAAAGCCUUAUAUUUCAGUGUUUGAACACAACAUUCAAACAUUCUCUCAAUCACAAAUGGGAAAUUACAGCGGAUGAGAUUUUAUUCUUCACACUUAUUUUACGUGUAUAUUAAUCAUGUUACACUUAACUGUUUUAAAGCCUUUGUUAGAAAUAUAUUGUGUUGUUUGCAUAUAAAGAUUUUGUUUUUGACAUAGAACUGUUUUAGAAUGUAGGAAAUGAAAUAUUGUUUAUCUUACUGUCACUUUCUUUUACAUCAUGUUAAAUUCAUAAUGUUUAGCUAGUAGUGUUGUAUUCUUAAUUCUUCAUGUUAGUUUUCAUGGUAGAAUGUUUGAAAUUUCAAGGAUUUUGGUUUUGAAUUUGUUGAACAAAAUGUUUUAUCUUGUCUUAAAAAAGAGUGAAAAUGACAGAAAGAGAGUUUAUUUGUUGCUAUGCUAAGGUUGAUAUUUUAACCCUUUAUUUUGUGUCGAAUCAAGACCACGUCUACACUUAGCUGGUUAAAGUAUCAAUUGUACAUGCUCGAGUAAAAUAAGUUAUUUUCUACUGUAUGCAUUUCAGAAUUUAAAAAAUCGUCUUGUAAUAUUUCAAAGAAGAAGAAAAAAACAUCCCUCAAUGUCAGGCCAAAAUGUGCAGCAACUUGGCUUCAGAGAUUUCUGAAUAUUUAAAGAUGUAAAACAAAGGAGGGAGGUCACAGGGUCGGGCCUCGAGCUGCAAACCAGAGAGAGAGAGAGCCAUAACUUAAGGGACGAAGGUUGACUUUUUGCACUUCUGUACAUAGUCAAUAUAAAGAAAAGAAAAGGAACAUGUAUAAUAUUGAGAUCUUAUUUUGAAUAAUAAAAGAUUCUAUAACUAUGAGAAAUUUUCUUAGGAUAAUUUAAGAAUUAGAGUAAUAGUCCAGCUAACAAAUGAUGCUUGCAGAAAUAUGGCACAGUUCUUUUAUCAUCAUUUCCGGCCAUCACGUUCAGAAAAAAAUAAUUAUAAUAAAGCUCUGCGUUGCCUGCAUACAGUACCAACACGUACCAAGAGUCUCAAAAAUUGGCAGUACACUCUGCCCCGUCAUGAUUUCCACUGUGGGGAAUUCGGUUUUGUUUACAAAUAGAUACUACACCUUCAAAAACACAGUAUUUGUCAUAUGAUGGACAUAAAUAACUGCAUGAAGAAGAAAAAAUUCUCAUAAUAGAUAAGUACGUAGAUAAGAUAAUUUCUCACAGUAGGCUACCGUAACUAUCAUUGCCACAGCAUAGUGUAAAUCAAGUAUCUCGAUCGAUAUCUGAGCCUCAAUUGAGGCACGUUCGCCGAUAAUCCACCCGAGUAUAACCGUAAGAACAGUACAAUUAUUAAAAAGGCCUUCAAACCGACUCUAGAUGCUAGCAAAAGACGUCCACUUAACCUACGACAACAGAAGAGUUGCUUUGUUGCUUGGUAACGUGCCUUCAGCAGGGAAAGGACACCAACCACACACACACAAAAAAAAAUAAACAAAAUGAAUGUAACUGUCAAAUCCUCCGCUGAGGUCAGAGUUUUACUCAUUUGAGGUUGCUGCACAAGAGCUAUUAAACCAAAGCGUCACUUUCCUUCACUAAACACAAUGCCUAAAAGCUGGUCGGCCGUUGCAGACGGCGAAACCACAGGUGGUCCUGCCUGCUGAAAGCACUUGCUUGGAUGCUUAACGCCCUCCAUGGAAUCUUACACCUGCCCUUUGCUUAUAGUUGCUGUAAGAUAUUGUGCUGCAUUCUAAAAGACUUGUUUUAUGCACAUUUAUUAUUGUUAGAAUUGACUCUUACUGUUAUGAGUAAAAAAAAUCUUAAUAAAACUAAAUGGAUUUGC